AAAAUAAUGGGAUUCGGCACUAAUCCAUAUUAAAAUGAGAAUCAUGAAGAUAAGAGUUAAUAUGCAAUCACUGGAAGACCUUAAUUGAAUGAUGUUCAUUCAAUUUAUGUAAAAGGAAAUUAACCUUGGUGGAGAAGAUGGUGGGCUACUCGUGAUAUGUUUUAGGAGCAUCACUGGGAAGUUCUGUAUAUCAUAUACAUUAUAUAUCAUUAGCACAUGUGCUAAGUAUGCUUAUAAAGGAGCUCUAACUGCCAUAUUAGUAGGAGCUACUUACUAAUUCAAACAAUUAUCAGUAAAUGCAUUGGCAAUCAAUAAAGGAAGAGUGUUUGCUAGCAAAAAUGCAUUCACAGGUCCAGCAUUUCUUGCCCUAAAAUAAGCGUCAAGACAUGGAACACUUGGUGCUUUAUUUGGAGUUGCCUACUUUUUCUGGUUUUAUUAAUUAGUUUGUUCAAGAGGUCAUUAACAUACAUUUAAUGGAUACCUUUUUGGUCAUGCAUUAUAUGGAGCAGCAUUGGCAUCAUUUUUCAGUAUUAGAAGAAGUGGAGUUGGAGCUUUGGUUGGUGGAAUAAUUGGUAAAGAAUAUAAAAAUUGUGUAGGUUGGAUUUAUUAUAAUACAGCUCAUGGAAAUUUAUAGAUUGGUAAUAAGGCAGAAGAAGGAAUCAAUUUUGAAUUCAAGGGAUUAACACCUGAAUAAAGAGAGGCUAUUAGAUAAAGAGAUUUGAUAAGUCAUUUGAGUAGAACACCAGAAUUCAAAUUAAAUUUAUUCAAUAAAGUAUGAAAAUUACAACAUAUAAUAUAAUAAUUUAAUAUCAUGUCAAG